AUGACCGCGACAGUUGGUGAUGUAUCUUCUUCGGGUGAUGUUACAGAUCGUUCGAUGUUGAAAGAAAUUGAUCAAUGGAUCGAACAGCUUUAUGAAUGUAAGCAACUCACCGAAGCGCAAGUUAAAAUUUUAUGCGAUAAGGCGAAAGAAAUUCUUCAACAAGAAUCCAAUGUUGAAGAAGUGCGAUGUCCAGUAACAGUUUGUGGCGAUGUUCAUGGGCAGUUUCAUGAUUUAAUGGAAUUGUUUAAAAUGGGUGGUCGAUCGCCAGAUACGAAUUAUUUAUUUAUGGGUGAUUAUGUUGAUAGGGGAUAUUAUUCGGUUGAAACAGUUUCACUUCUUGUUUGUUUAAAGGUGCGAUAUAGAUCACGUGUAACGAUAUUGCGAGGUAAUCAUGAAUCUCGGCAGAUAACGCAAGUAUAUGGAUUUUACGAUGAAUGUUUGCGUAAGUACGGAAAUGCAUGUGUAUGGAAAUAUUUCACGGAUUUAUUUGAUUAUUUUCCUUUGACAGCUUUAGUAGAUGGUCAGAUAUUUUGCUUGCAUGGAGGUCUUUCUCCCUCGAUAGAUAAUCUUGAUCACAUUCGUUCUUUGGAUCGAUUACAAGAAGUUCCGCAUGAAGGUCCAAUGUGUGAUCUUUUAUGGUCGGAUCCUGAUGAUAGAGGUGGUUGGGGUAUAUCACCACGUGGAGCUGGUUAUACUUUUGGACAGGACAUAUCAGAAACAUUCAAUCACUCCAAUGCGUUGACUCUAAUUUCCAGGGCACAUCAGCUGGUUAUGGAGGGAUAUAACUGGUGCCAUGAUCGAAAUGUUGUAACCGUUUUCUCUGCUCCCAAUUACUGCUAUAGAUGUGGGAAUCAGGCAGCUAUGGUAGAACUGGAUGAUGAAUUAAAGUAUUCUUUUCUUCAAUUCGAUCCUGCUCCUCGACGUGGAGAACCCCAUGUUACGCGAAGGACACCGGAUUACUUUCUUUAA